AUGUCCUUCGUCCCCCUGCCAGAACCGAAGGAUCUACUUCAUGUCGAGCACGGGGAUGAUCAUCUAUACUUUCACAAGACUCCAGAGGCUGUAAAAAACGACACUCAGUCUCUAGCUAAUGGCCACAGUCGCAGCCACAACCCUGCAGCAGAAAGGCUACAAAAUGACGAGAAUGGAAGCUUGAGCAUCCAGUUGUUGACGAAUGUCAAUCUGCAUGCGCCAUCGCUGGAGCCCGUUCAGGAGCCUUUUGACUACGUGUGCUCACUGAAGUCCAAAAAUGUGCGUAACAAACUCGUAGGAGGCCUCGCACAGUGGAUUCCAAUACCUGCGGCAUCGUGUGAGCUGGUCGCAUCGCUCGUCUCCGACAUUCAUAAUGCUUCAUUAAUGUUUGACGACAUGCAAGACAACUCAGACCUCCGACGUUCAAGUCCAGCAACGCAUACCAUCUUCGGUAUGCCACAGACGGUCAACUCUGCGGUUUAUCAUACAGUCAACACCAUAGAAAGGGCUUCGGAUACAGAAAAUCCACUAAUCCUCAAAGAGGUUCUUGCUGGGAUGAAGACUUUGCUAGCAGGUCAAGGUCUGGACUUAGUCUGGACGGCCGAAACCACGAUCCCAACCAUGGAAGAAUAUCUGCAGAUGAUUGACGGGAAGACUGGAGCGUUGUUUAUCAUGAUAUCCAACCUCAUGUUUGCUUGUUUGCCCGAGAAGGCCCCAAGGCCGCCCCUCAGAAAGCUCAUGCUGUUGCUCGGACGGUACUUCCAGAUACGGGAUGAUUAUAUCAAUCUGUCUUUACCUGAAUAUUUUGAGAGCAAAGGCUUCUGUAGCGAUCUGGACGAAGGGAAGUGCAGCUAUAUAAUUCUGCACGCCAUGAAGCAUGCAGAGCCGGCCGCGCGCAGUCUUCUCAGGAAAAUCAUGUUGCAGACGCGAAGGGCGGGGAGCGCCGGCGAACGCCACAAACAGACGGUGCUGGCCAUACUAGAGAGGGCCGGGUCAUUGAAGCACGUAAAGGAGAUGCUCCACGCGAUGGAAGAUGCCUUGAUUGCCGAAAUACAGGCUGUUGAGGAUUUGUCGGGGGUCAAGAACCCUCUUAUUAGGGAGCUUUUCAAUGCUUUGAGGGCUUAA